CUAAUGCCCUCAACAAUUGCCUAGUCAUCAUUGUAGUAACCUAGUUUGCUUGUGCCAUCAAGUAUAGUGUCUGUUUCCAACACAGAGGAUCCCGUGGAUAAUUGGAUAUUUUAUUACAUGUUUUCUACAUCACCCUUGCAUGUAUGAGUCAGAGGAGAUGGAGGAGGGAAUGCAGCACAGAGAAGCCACUAAGUCAACUUAGUUGGUUGCUACCAUUAGUUGGAUUCUGUUGCCAGCUCCAGCCCAGAGGGUGUGUCUUGAAUAGACGGUUGCUUGAAACCUUUUUCAGGCUGCUCAAUAUUAAGUGAAAGGCACAAAGCAGGGUUGGGCAGAUGACAGACAGAUGUAUUUCUCUAACCCAAUACAAUGUUCGUUUAGCCAACAAUGUAAUGUUGUAAUUAUUGAUAAAAACUUGUUUGCCUGCUGACAGCUGUACCAGGAUGCAUCCUUAGUUCACAUUGUGGCUAGUGAUCAUGUUAGUGCAUUAUACUGUAGUCAAGGUAGCACGUGACACAGGCGCAACAUGGUUGUCAUGGAAACGAGCUCCUCUUCCAACAGCGUCCGGGCUUGCAACUGCAGCAAGCGUCCCCAGUCAGAAAAAUCGAGGGGAUACUCGACGUUAUUUCAUCUGCGGUCAUCAUGCAGGAUAACAGGAAUGGGAUGAUGCCAUUCCCACCACCCAUAAGCAAAGACAGGGUCAUCUGGGAAUUGCCGAAGUGUUACACAGCUUCAGCUUGUCUGCAGCUGAAGGGAGACUGGGACAUUCAGGCUAAAGCAGCCUGUAAAGACAGAGCCGCCAGGCAUCAGCCGUGGGACCGACAGAAAAUGUCAAAAGUGGUUGUUGUUGGGGACCUUAACGUGGGAAAGACCUGUCUUAUAAAUAGGUUUUGUAAAGAUGUAUUUGAAAGAGACUACAAGGCCACCAUAGGAGUGGACUUUGAGAUUGAGAGAUUUGAGAUAUCUGGAGUACCUUUCUCUCUUCAGAUCUGGGAUACUGCGGGGCAGGAAAAAUUCAAAUGCAUUGCUUCUGCAUACUACAGAGGUGCUCAGGUCAUUAUCACAGUCUUUGACAUGGCAGACAUCAAGUCCCUGGAUCAUACACGCCAAUGGUUGGAGGAGGCCAUGAGAGAAAAUGAGCCCGGCUCCUGUUUCAUCUUCUUGGUUGGCACUAAGAGCGACCUGCUGCCCUUAGAAGAAAAACAGAGGACAGAAAGAGAUGCCAUCAGGAUAGCAACAGAAAUGCAUGCAGAGUUUUGGGCUGUUUCAGCCAAAACAGGGGAAAAUGUGCAGGGGUUUUUCUUCAGGGUGGCAGCCUUGGCCUUUGAGAACUGCAUACUAAAGGACAUGGAGAAUGGCGUUCCUGCUAGUAUCGGAGGAGGAAAUAGUAUAAAAUCAGAUCGUGCAAUCCUGGAGGAGGCCGCACCCCAAGACAUGAAGAGAAGCUGCUGCUGAUGAAAAGAAUGAGAGAAGAGAAACACACAGAGAAAUGUUGAGGGGAGCAGAACCAGACGGAGGCUCUAUUCUGAGCUUCACUUGUAGAAAUCAAAGUGACCAUCUCCCAUUAGACUGAAAUGUGCCUCGGGACAUGUUACGUUAGGUUUCUGAAUUCAUCAAAACUGCCAUGUGUUCUAGUUGUUUGCAAAAGGUUUGACCAAUGUGCAUUUCUGAAACCUGAUAAGAUUGAAACAGUCAAUAGUGGAUUGUUUUUGCAGAUACCAAAUCCAACAAUUGUCAUGGCACAGCAGUUCAAAACAUCACAAGUAAUCAGUGUUUCAUGUUAUUGUUGUCAAGGUGGAACUCACAUUUAGACCGUGGGAAUCCCAGUAUAAAAUACUAUACUAUGGCAAUAACUAAUGUUACAUACAUAUGUGGAAUCUGAUCAAUGUGUCUCAUUACAAUCAGUCAGUGUAUGGUCUUCUCAUGUAGUUUUGGUCUGCUCUGCAAUAUCUGUAAAAUAGAAAACUCCAUUAUAUCCAUCAUUUCAGAGGUGGAUAGAAGUGCCCAGACCAGAUUUCACUUGGGAGCUAACAUGGCCCCUUAUGAAACCUUUGUAAGAAUGCUUUAGAUUUCAUUUACUACUGUCAAAGUGUUAGUUUCCUCAUACAGUAUUGUUGUGGAAUAUUGUCUCGCCCAUUUUUGUGGGUUGUACUCUAAUGAAGGUUUGACGAAAGUUUAUAGGUUGCAAUUUGGGAGCAGGAAAACCAAAUGUUUACUUUCAAGUAAUAUACAGUAAGUGCAAAUGAGUCUACAUGCACAGUGAACUCAAUGUAUACAAUAACAUUAUAAUGUAACUUCUUAAAGUAAAUGUAAUGUAAUGGAGCAAUAGCUGAUGAUAUAUGUGCAUUUAUGAGACCAGUAUUUUGUCAAACCCUAUUAUUAUUCAAUAAAGUAGUUUAUCAGUUGUCUGAA